AUGACUGUUACUAAGUAUACUAGCAGGUUUGAGGAGUUAUGUCACUUUUCUCGUAUCUGUCAAUGUGCGCCUAAAGAUUUUGCUGGGUGGAAAUGUAUUAAGUAUAAGGGAGGUCUUCGGAGCGAUAUUAUGAGCUUUGUUGACCCAAUGGAGAUCAGAGUAUUCUCUGAAUUGGUGAAUAAGAGUAGGGUAGCUGAGGAAUGUGUGAGGAAGGCGGCAGUAGAGAAAGGAAGUUUGAGGGUGCCUUUUCAAAGGCCUUUAGGGAGAAACUUUGCUCCGAGAGGAAGAAGGUUUAGAAAGCAGCCACAGCAGGACUUGAGCUGUCAGAAGUGCGGGAAGUAUCAUCUUGGAGUUCUGUGCAGAUCAGGACUUGGGGUAUGCUAUUUUUGUGGACAGCCUGGGCACUUGGCCAGUAAUUGUCCGGAGAAGAAGAAGUAUGAGACUGGUAGGAUACAGCAACCAGUGAGGGUGUAUACCACUUCUGCAGUAGGUGUUGAGGGAUCUGAGACACUAAUGAGGGGUAACUGUGAGAUGGCUGGUAAAAUCUUAAAUGCUUUAUUCGAUUCAAGAGAAACUCAUUCAUUUAUUGAAUUUGAAAAGGCUAAUGAAUUAGGAUUGAGGAUGGUGGUUUUAGGUUAUGAUUUGAAAGUGCAUAAUGCUACUCAUGAAGUUAUGGUGACUAGGUUAGGAUGUCCACAAGUUCCAUUUCAAGUACAACAACGUGAAUUUGUGCAUGAUUUGAUUUGUUUGCUGAUGACUGAUCUUGAUCUCAUCUUGGGAUUGGAUUGGUUAUCUAAGAAUCAUGUUUUGCUUGAUUAUUCUGAGAAAUCAGUACAGUUUAUGCCAGAAGGGUCGGAAGCGCCGGUUGUGGUGAAUAGUUACUAUUUGAACUCUAUGAUAAUAAAUUGUUCUAGAACUGAAUGUCAGUGUAUUAUGUUAUUAAUUACGGGAGUAUCAGGUGAUGAUAAGAGUUUAGAGCAGAUUCUGGUUGUAUGUGAAUUUUCAGACGUGUUUCCGGAUGAUAUUAAUGAAUUUUCACCUAAUUGGGAAGUUGAAUUCACCAUUGAGUUGGUGCCUGGAGCCGAUCCAAUUUCAAUUACUCCUUAUAGGAUGUCAUCUUUAGAAAUGGUUGAACUAAAGGCUCAGUUGGAAGAUAUGUUGGGUAAGCAUUUUAUCCGACCAAGUGUUUCUCUGUGGGGAGCGCCAGUGAUACUGGUAAAGAAGAAGGAUGGGAGUAUGCGCUUGUAUGUCAAUUAUCGGCAACUGAAUAAGAUUAUUGUGAAGAAUAAAUAUCCAUCACCUAGAAUCGACGACCUAAUGGAUCAGUUACAGGGUGCCAGUGUGUUCUCCAAGAUUGAUUUGUGA